AUGACGUCGGAGCGUUCUCGAAUCCCGUGUCUCUCGGCUGCUGCUGCCGAAGGAACAGGGAAAAAGCAACAAGAAGGAAGAGCAAUGGCGACACUGGAUCGCAAAGUGCCCAGUCCGGAGGCGUUUCUGGGCAAACCCUGGUCCUCCUGGAUCGACGCCGCCAAAUUACACUGCUCCGACAAUGUAGAUUUAGAAGAGGCUGGAAAAGAGGGUGGAAAAAGCAGGGAGGUUAUGAGGCUUAAUAAAGAAGAUAUGCACUUAUUUGGCCAUUAUCCAGCACAUGACGACUUCUAUCUCGUAGUGUGCAGUGCCUGUAAUCAGGUCGUCAAGCCACAGGUUUUCCAGUCGCACUGCGAGAGAAGACACGGUUCAAUGUGCAGGCCUUCUCCUUCUCCAGCGUCUCCACCCUCCAAUGCCAGGACAUCACUAGCACAGGUGAAAACAAAAGCCUGUCUCAGCGGCCAUAACUCUGCCAGCAGCACCUCAAAGCCAUUCAAAACGCCCAAAGACAAUCUACUUACCUCCAGUAACAAACAGCACACGGUCUUUUCUGCGAAAGGGUCAAGGGACAAACCAUGCGUUCCAGUUCCUGUAGUCAGUUUAGAGAAAAUCCCUAACCUGGUGAAGGCAGAUGGUGCCAACGUCAAAAUGAACUCUACAACCACCACUGCGGUCACCUCCUGCUCCACCUCAUCCUCUGUUGUCUCCACCCCACCUUUAAUUAAACCAGUCUUGAUGUCCAAGUCAGUGCCACCUUCCCCAGAGAAGAUCUUAAAUGGCAAAGGAAUUCUAUCUGCCACAAUAGACAAGAAACACCAAAAUGGCACCAAAAACAACAACAAGCCUUACAGGAGACUUUCAGAGAGAGAAUUUGACCCAAAUAAACACUGUGGAGUAUUGGAUCCCGAGACAAAGAAACCUUGCACAAGAUCCCUCACCUGCAAGACACACUCGCUAAGCCAUCGGAGGGCAGUCCCAGGCCGGAAAAAGCAAUUUGACCUCCUUCUGGCGGAACACAAAGCCAAGUCCCGGGAAAAAGAAGUGAAAGAUAAAGAGCAUCUCCUGACUUCAACAAGGGAAGUGCUUCCAAACCCACCUGGGCCGGUGCAGGACUCCCUGCCAGGAUCUUCAGGGAGCUCUGGGCCAGAACCUAAAGUUGCAUCCCCUGCAAAGUCCCGGCCACAUAACUCUGUGCUUCCGAGACCAUCAUCUGCAAAUAGCAUAAGCAGCAGCACGUCUUCAAAUCAUAGUGGCUACACCCCGGAGCCCCCUCUGCCCCCAGCUGGAGGUGACCUGGCCAGCCGACUAUCAAGUGAUGAAGGGGAGAUGGACGGAGCCGAAGAAGCUGAGAAGUUAGACUGUCAGUUCUCUACCCACCACCCCAGACCUCUUGCGUUUUGCUCAUUCGGGAGUCGCCUCAUGGGACGAGGGUACUAUGUGUUUGAUAGAAGAUGGGAUCGUUUUCGAUUCGCACUAAACUCCAUGGUAGAAAAACACUUGAAUUCACAGAUGUGGAAGCACAGAAACCCGAGUCACAGGGCAUCAGGUCCCUCCCCCCUUUUCAGGACUUGCCUAACCAAUCUGCUGUCACUGAGCAACAUUGGGGCUGCCUGGGUGUCAACUCUGGAGAGCGUAGCACCCCGCUGCCCUCUCAACCUCGCUGCCCAAACCCCAGGCCGCGACGGGCCCGAACCUGGAGGGAUGGCAGCCGAUGGGGGCGUGGAAGACAUUAGGAAGAAAAGGAACGGCCAAGACUCUUUUUUCUUUAACAAGCAUUUAACUCUGCAUCAGGAGACACCAACACAGUAUUCUCUUUCAGCCAGGAAGAUCCCUCCUGCGGCAGAUAGCCCCAUGCCCUCGCCAGCAGCCCACAUCACCACCCCCGUUCCGGCAUCCGUUUUACAGCCUUUCAGCAACCCCAGUGCUGUGUAUCUUCCUUCAGCCCCCAUCAGCUCGAGACUCACCUCUUCUUACAUAAUGACAUCAGCCAUGCUCUCAAACGCAGCUUUUGUGACAUCGCCGGACGCGAGCGCCCUCAUGUCACACACCACAGCUUUCCCUCAUGUGGCUGCAACCCUCAGCAUCAUGGACUCAACUUUCAAGGCCCCAUCUGCCGUGUCCCCGAUACCAGCCGUCAUCCCUUCCCCAUCCCACAAGCCAUCCAAAACCAAAACCAGCAAAUCCUCAAAAGUCAAAGACCUGUCCGCCCGUAGCGACGAGUGUCCAAGUAACAAAAAGAGGAAGCCGCAGUCUUCGACUUCCUCUUCCUCCACCUCCUCCUCCUCAUUAUCCUUGCAGACAUCCCUGUCGUCUUCAUUAUCAGGUCCCCACAAAAAGAACUGUGUCUUGAAUGCCAGUUCAGCUUUGAACUCCUAUCAGGGGGCCCCUCCCUAUAACACUCUGUCUGUGCACAACUCAAACAAUGGGGUGAGCCCACUCAGUGCCAAACUGGAGCCCUCAGGACGGACCUCGCUGCCCGGCGGCCCCGCGGACUUAGUGAGACAUGUGGGCUCGGUGGGCGGCAGCGACUCCUGUCCCCUCUCUCUGCCAUCCCUUGCAGGGGAACUCUCUCUGGCCUCACACAAUACCGUGUCAUCUCUGCCCCUUUCUUUUGACAAAUCAGAAGGAAAAAAGCGUAAGAACUCGAGUUCUAGUAGCAAAGCCUGUAAAAUCACUAAAAUGCCUGGUAUGAAUAGCGUUCACAAAAAGAACCCGCCCAGCCUUCUCGCAGCGGUGCCCGAUCCCGUUAACAGCACCUCCUCUCGGCAGGUUGGGAAAAAUAGCAGCCUAGUUUUGUCACAGUCCAGUCCUUCAAGUAUAUCCAGCCCAGGACACAGCCGACAGAAGACUACAAACAGAACGGGCAGGAUAAGGACUCUUCCAUAGCAAGACUAUGAAGCCACCUGAACCAGUUCCUGGCCAUUCGGUGCCUCCCCAGGAAGUGGGGGGAGUGAGUGGCACUGGGGAGAGUCUAUUUCCGGUGCCCUGCCUGUGGCUCUGGCCUUUCUC